UCAUUGCACUUGGACGGAGAGUUUUUCGCAGACAAAUCACCGUUGCUUUUGACAAAAGUCUCGUUGGAGGCGGCUUUAGACUCGGCGCUGUUGUGCUUCACAAUCAAAUAGGAUAACAAUGGCUGUUUUGUUUUGCCUAUAAUUAAAAUUUUUUACAAAUUUGAUUACAGCCUAUUCGGAAAUUUACCGUUUUCUUCUGGUAUUCCCAGCUGCUUUGAUAAGUCGUCCCUAGGACUGGCAAAAAAAUCAACUCCGCAGGCAGCAACAGGCUGGAAGUAUCCAUCUGCAUAGCCAAGGCCGUAAAAGUCGAGGAAAUCUUUCACCAAACUGGCGACGAUCAACCCCUCAGAGGUACCCAAAAACUCUUGGAGUUGCGUUCGAGCGGGCGGUUUCUGUCAAAAUUAGCAUAAAUACUCCGAAGAAAAAAUACUCAAACUAUUAUGAUACCUGAGGGUUCAACUGAUUCUCCAAAGUUUGGAAAAUUUUCGCUCGGAGUUGAGCCUGCGAAAGAAAAAUAGUGCGAUAUCCCUCUUCCUCUAGGUUUUUGGACACGAGAUCCAGCAGCUCCGGGUCUGCAUCAGCAGACAUGACGUCAGGCGGGACGAAAUCUCGUACAGACGUGGGACAACCUCAUAUCACGGACCAACACGGCGGUUUGUUUUGUUCCUGCGGCAGAAUGGAAUGCGUGGAGGAAGAGGAAAGAGGAUUGACCUGUCUCCGUGUUUUGUUGACGUGUUGCCCGCUGUCAUUUCUGCGGAAAAGGACAAUUUUCCGGUCAUUUCACUCUUGAAGCUCUUAACUGCUAGGCACCCUAAAAGGUGAAGUCGUGGGUGAGGCCGGCCGGCAUGCGUCACCAGACUGCUCAAAACUUCUACCAGGAUGACAGCAGGAACAUUAAAAUCAACAUAGCCAAGUUUCAGGAAUUUGAUAUUUGUUGACGUGGUCUUUGAGAUAAUAUGUGGCAGAGAAAAAGUGACAAGAUGAAUAAUAUUGAAUCCCCUCUUGUCCACCUCAUCAACAAUAGAGACAGCCACAAAAUUAACGUCACCAAUGAUGACACGGGCGAGUUGCUCGAGAAAAUAAACGCGUCGGGUCAAAUGUCCACGUCAGCUCAUGUGAGCAUGCCACGUUAUGCUUCCGCAAAAUGGUUGGGCUACGUCAGUCUUAUGGUGCUCACCCUGCAGAACGCAACCCUUGGCAUCAGCAUGUCCUACGCACGGAGAAGAGAGGGAGACAUGUUCCUCUCCUCCUCGGCUGUUCUGUCGGCAGAAGUUGUCAAACUCAUCACAUGCCUGAUUCUUGUCUUCAAAGAGGAGAAAACCUAUGACCGAUGGAAACACAGUCUCCAUAAGACCAUCAUCCUCAACCCGAUAGACACGUUGAAAGUGUGCGUGCCGUCGCUCAUUUACAUUGUACAGAACAACCUGCUCUACGUGUCCGCCACUCAUUUGGACGUCGGAACUUAUCAAGUGACGUACCAACUAAAAAUUCUGACAACCGCCUUUUUUGCUGUGCUCAUCCUGCACCGUUCGCUCAGCAGGAUCCAGUGGUCCUCCCUUUUGGUGCUCAUUGCAGGCGUUGUUUUGGUGCAACUGGCACACGUCGAGGAGGCCAAGCUGAAUCACCUGGAGCAGAAUCGAUUAGUCGGCCUCAUCUCGGCAGUCAGUGCCUGUUUCUGCUCAGGAUUUGCCGGCAUCUACUUUGAGAAGAUCCUCAAGGGCUCAGUCAUAUCAGUGUGGAUGAGGAAUGUGCAGUUGUCGCUGCUCUCGAUACCAUUUGGCCUCAUCACCUGUGUCCUUUCAGACGGAGAGGCUAUCAGAGAAAAAGGGUUCUUUGUUGGAUACGACGGAUUUAUAUUGUUCCUGAUUGCGCUCCAAGCUCUUGGUGGUUUGAUCAUUGCCAUGGUAGUGAAGUACGCUGACAAUAUUUUGAAAGGAUUUGCCACGUCCUUGGCCAUUGUGAUUUCCUGCAUUGCAUCCAUUUUCCUUUUCGACUUUGUUGUAACGGGGCAGUUUGCAUUUGGUGCCUUCCUGGUUAUGUUCUCUAUUUUCAUGUACAGCUACAAGGUGUAGCAUCCAAACAGGACAAAAGAGAAAUGACGACGAGUUGAGCAUUGCCAAAAUUUUAGAAUUUUGUUUUCUGUUCCAAACCUAUUAAAAUUGUGUUCUUUUUUUUAGCGCAGCACAAUUUUUCCUUGUGUUAAAUGACGUACUGAUUUUGUGCACCUUUGACUUAAUAUGUUUUGUAAAGCAAGGAAAUUACUAGAAAUAUGAGCUCAAACCUCUGGUUUGUUAUCAUAGAAAUGGCACAUUGUUGAAGCACGCAGAGGAACUUUAUGACGUUGGUCCGGCGAUCUGUGAUUACCCAAGAAGGCUGGUCAGUUUUGUGACUGGCCCAAACAGAAGCACUCCAUUCCCACUUGGAUGCAAUCUCCCUUGAAUCGCAUAAUAAAUAGUAUUGUUUUAGCGUAAAAGAGGUCUAAAUCGGUGAUGGUGUGUCUGUCGCAGCUUCGACAGACCUAACAUUUAAAUUCGCAAAGUACACAUUGUGAAUGAAUUUUAGCAUGUAAGGUGAUUUUGUGAUUGUUCAGUCUUAAUGUUUUAUUUAUUGAAUAAAAAAAACGCAUUUUUCGCAAUAUUCUUCAAAAUAAAACCACUUGCAUU